UCUGACCAAAAAGCUGGAAUUUUGACAAAAGGUGCGUCUAAACUGACCUCAGGUCGUACCAGCCCACUGAUGGUCAGGACUCCUCAGCUCUCGGUGCAGGAGUCUGGUAGUCAGACUCUGGCACCAUAUACCUCAGGGAGCAGUGUGGUCAGUGAUGACAGUACCACAGGAGGUGCCAGCUCAGAUGAUCUGUUGUUGGACACAGGCAGCGAUGUAGGAAUUGAGGAGGUGGACGGUGGAGACAACAGUGUCCGUACUAAACAGGUGAUUGAGGUGUUGCUGGCCAAGAUACAAAAGACCAAGGAAGCCAUCAAGAAGGAGCAGACUUUAAAAGAAGCCAUAGUGAGGGAGUACCUUCAGAUGACAGCAGAGAAACAACCAACAGCCAGAAUUAAGGCACUUUUCGAAAAGAAGAAUCAGAAGUCAGCCCAGAAUAUCAUCCAGCUUCAGCGCAAGCUGGAGAACUAUCAGCAGCGACUGACUGAAGUGGAAACACAUGGGUACACAGGUCACAGGCAGGCCAAGGAGAUGAUACGAGAUGUUGGGCAGGGCAUCAACACCAUUGUAUCCAAACCAAAAGAGUUUGCCCAUCUGUUUAAAAACAAAUUUGGAAGUGCUGACAACAUUGCCCAGCUAAAAUUAGAAGACUCAACAUCACAAGAGCCAGCUGCUAAUGGCAAAUCUGGAGCUACAUUUUUAACAAGUGAUGACGAAGCAUCAAGUGUUACAUCCGGCUCAGGUCCCAGAACUACCCACUACUCCCCUCACCAGUUUUCCCAAGCAGACAUGACACAGAUGAUGACCUUGGGCCCUGCCCUACUUAUACCAAUCACUAAUGAGCUGGGUGAAGUCAAAAACUCAUCCCAGAAAGUCCAUGAUAUUUUAAUCAAGCUGGUGGAGGAGUUUGAAGAACACAAGUCGCAAAUCCAGCUUGAGGUGUCAGUGUUACGCUCACAGCUGGAGGAUGAGAAGUACCGAGCAGAACAUCUAGAGGAGCAGUUGAAUGACCUCACUGAGCUACACCAGCACGAGAUGCAGAACCUGAAGCAGGACCUCACCUCCAUGGAGGAGAAGAUUGAUUACAGGCUGGAUGAAAGGACAACCGACCUGAGCGAUCUGAUGGACAGUGUUUCAGCUAGAAUCUCUAGAGUAGAACAGCAACAGCAGCAGCAACAGAUCCUGUCCAUGGAGAUGGUAGAGAACGCCACUUUCCGCACAAUCAUCUCUAAACUGAUUAAUGUGGUGCUAGCACUCCUUGCCGUCGUCCUUGUGUUUGUCAGCACUGGGGCUAGAUUCUUGUCUCCUUUUGUAAAUUCUACGUCACGACUAGUGGUAUCGGUGCUGACAGUUCUAGUUUCAUGGUUUGCCUAUCGCAACUUCCCUAACCUACAGGAGUCGCUUCUUUCUAUAGGAGACUUGGUAUCAUGGCCCUGGAGCUGA